AUGGCCGCCAUUCCGAUCCCCCUGGGCGCACACCUCGAGGAGCUUCUGGCCAAGCCAUCGGGAUCCCAUCGCACGCUCGACUAUGACCAGCACCUCAUCGACUCCAUCUACGCCUCUCUCCAGAAACUCCAGGACGAUGGCCAGAAGCAUGCCGCCCCCGCGCCGGUACGCGGACACCUUGCGGCCGGCGGCGACGAUCUGUGGUCACAGCUGCAAGCCCACACCGAAGCCGAGCAGGGAGAGCGCGAAGCAGGCCAGUCGGCCAUCGACUCGUACCCCGACGAGAUCGAGGACCACGCCUUCCGAGCAGCCUCGCAGCCCUCCUCGGCCGCCCAGGCCCAGCUCGACGACUACCUGGCUCGCACCUUUAGCGACGAUCCGGCCAUCGCCACCAGCAUACGGAGCAGCGUCAUGGCCGCCCUCGCCUCCAAGGGCUCCGCCGAAGAGGCCUCGGCCGAGCUCGCCGAGGUCCUCGGCUUCGACCAGCUCGACCUGGUCAGCGCACUCGUCUCGCAGCGUGAGGCCAUCCUGUCGGACCUUGCCCACGGCGCCGAUCGACAUCGCGACGGCGAACGACGGGUCACACUGGCUUCCGGACACGCCCCGCAUCAGCACCAGGCGGGUCUCCGCGCCGUUGCAGCCAAGCCCUACACUCCCGGCUCUCAGGUCGUGGUGCAGAGCCAGGAGGACAAGCGGCUCGCCAAGAAGCUGCGCAACGAGAUGCGCAGGGCAAACCGCGGCCGCGACGCCGAUCCCUCGUCGGCUGCUGCGGCGCACGACCGGGCCUACACCCUCGAGGAGCUCGAGCAGAUGCGCGAGGAGAGCCUCGCGGCAGCGGCCAGCCGCCCGCUGUUCUCCAGCGACCAGGUCACCUCGGACGAGCCCCGCUACCCGCACGUCUUUUCGUCGGGCGCUCACGGCAACGUGCUGUCGGUGUUUGGCCAGAGGUUCGCGCUGCCCGCCGGCACCACGCGCGUCGAGCAGUCGUUCUACGAGGAGGUCACCAUCCCGCCGCCCCGCAACGUGCCGUUCCGCAUCGACGAGCGCCUGAUCCCGAUCGGCGAGAUGGACACGCUGUCCAAGGGCGCGUUCCCCGGCUACAAGACCCUCAACCGCCUCCAGAGCGUCGUCUAUCCGCUGGCCUACCGCACCAACGAGAACCUCCUCGUCUGCGCGCCCACCGGUGCCGGCAAGACCGACGUGGCGAUGCUGACGGUGCUGCGCGCCAUCAGCCAGUACGCCCAGAGCAUCGACCCGGUGGCCGGCCGCGGCGCCGACGGCUUCGGCAUCGCGCGCGACGAGUUCAAGAUUGUCUACGUAGCGCCGAUGAAGGCGCUGGCCGCCGAGGUGGUGCGCAAGUUCAGCAAGCGGCUCCAGUACCUCGGCAUCAAGGUGCGCGAGCUGACCGGAGACAUGCAGCUGACGCGCAAGGAGAUCAACGAGACGCAGAUGAUUGUCACGACGCCCGAAAAGUGGGACGUCGUGACGCGGAAGCCCACGGGCGACGGCGAGCUGGCCACAAAGGUGCGGCUGCUCAUCAUCGACGAGGUGCACCUGCUGCACGAGGAGCGCGGCGCCGUCAUCGAGACGAUUGUGGCGCGCACGCUGCGCCUGGUCGAGUCGAGCCAGUCGCUCAUCCGCAUCGUCGGCCUCUCGGCCACGCUGCCCAACUACGUCGACGUGGCCGACUUCCUCCGCGUCAACCGCUACCAGGGCCUCUUCUACUUCGACUCGUCCUUCCGGCCCGUGCCCCUCGAGCAGCACUUUAUCGGCGUCAAGGGCAAAUCCGGCUCGCCCCAGGCGCGCGCCAACCUCGACAAGGCGGCGUUCGAAAAGGUCUCGGAGCUCGUCCAGGCGGGCCACCAGGUCAUGGUGUUUGUCCAUGCGCGCAAGGAGACGGUCAAGACGGCGCAGACGCUGCGCGACAUGUUCAAGGACGAGGGCCUCCUCGACCACCUGACGGCGGGGCGCGACGACAAUCCCAAGCUGGCCUCGUUUGGCAAGGAGCUGCAGGCGAGCCGCAACAAGGAGAUGAAGGAGCUCUACGAGACCGGCUUCGGCAUCCACCACGCCGGCAUGCUGCGCAGCGACCGCAACGUCAGCGAGCGGCUCUUUGAGACCGGCGUCACCCGCGUCCUCUGCUGCACGGCGACGCUGGCCUGGGGCGUCAACCUGCCCGCGUACGCCGUCAUCAUCAAGGGCACCGACGUCUACGACUCGUCGGCGGGCAAGUUUGUCGACCUGUCGAUCCUCGACGUGCUGCAGAUCUUUGGCCGAGCCGGUCGUCCCCAGUACGAGGACCUCGGCGUCGGCUUCAUCUGCACCUCGCAGGACCGCCUGUCGCACUACGUCGACGCCAUCACGUCGCAGCACCCGAUCGAGUCCAAGUUCAUCGGCGGCCUCGUCGACUCGCUCAACGCCGAGGUGUCGCUGGGCACCGUGACCAGCGUGCGCGACGGCGUGUCCUGGCUCGGCUACACCUACCUCUUCACGCGGAUGAAGCGGACGCCGCUGACCUACGGCAUGGUCCACGCCGAGGUCGAGGACGACCCGCACCUCGGCGCCAAGCGCCUCCAGCUCAUCACGUCGGCCGCAAAGAAGUUGGUCGAGGCCAAGAUGCUCAAGCACGACGCCACCACGGGCCACCUCGAGGUCACCGAAAUGGGCCGGGUGGCGGCCAAGUACUACGUCGGCCACCGCACCAUCGAGGUGUUCAACGAGAAGCUCCGGCCGCGGAUGAGCGAGGCCGACGUGCUCGGCAUCCUCAGCCUCGCCACCGACUUUGAGCAGAUCAUCCCGCGCGACACCGAGGAGCGCGAGCUGAAGAAGAUGCUCGAGAACGCGCCCUGCCAGGUGCCCGGCGGCAUCGAGACGUCGCCCGGCAAGGUCAACAUCCUGCUCCAGGCCUACAUCUCGCGCACCUACGUCGAGGACUUCGCGCUGGUCUCGGACUCGGCCUACGUCGCCCAGAACGCCGGCCGCAUCAUCCGGUCGCUGCUCGAGAUCGCGCUGAGCAACAAGUGGGCGCCGACGACGGCGGCGCUGAUGGCCAUGAGCAAGGCCAUCGAGCGCAGGAUGUGGCCGUUCGACCACCCGCUGUCGCAGAGCCACCUGACGCCCGACACCCUCUACAACCUCACCCGCUGGGCCGACGAGGUCGAGGUGGCCGAGCUGGCCGAGAUGUCGGCCAACGAGGUCGGCAGGCUCGUCCACCUCAACGAGCGCAUGGGCAGCGCGAUCCGCAGCGCGGCCCGAUCCUUCCCCACCCUCGAGCUCGAGGCGGCGCUGCGCCCGCUCACGCACGGCCUCCUCCGGAUCGACCUGCGCAUCCGUCGCCGCUUUGAGUGGAACGAGCGCCUGCACGGCCGGUCCGAGGCCUUCUACGUGUGGGUCGAGGACGAGAACGAGGUCGACAUCCUGCAAUGGGCCAUGCACGUGGUGCGGCCGACCGAGGCGGCCUACUCGGCGCUCUCCUUCACUGUGCCGGUGCCGGACCCGCAGCCGAGCGGCAUCAGCGUGCGGUGGAUCUCGGACCGGUGGAUCGGCGCCGAGGACACGGUAUGGGUGCCGUUCGACGACCUCGCCAUGCCGCCGAGGCCGGCCAAGCACCAGCAGCUGCUCGACCUGCCGCUGCUGCCCGUCUCGUCGGCGGUGCCCGACGAGCUGCUCCGCACCCUCUACGCCCAGCACAUGUCGGGCUUCAACGCGCUGCAGACGCAGUCGUUCCACACAAUCGCCCACACCAAGGCCAACGCGCUGCUGUGCGCGCCCUCGGCCUCGGGCAAGUCGACGGUGGCCUUCUUUGCGGCGUGGCGCGCGAUGCGCGAGACGCCCGGCAAGGCGGUGCUCGUCCUCUAUCCGCGACGCGAGCUGGUCGAGGCUGCGCUGCGCGGUACCUCGGCCGCCAUCGCCCGCCAGAGGGAUGUCGACGUGGUGCGGGCGAUGUCCUCGACGUCGCUGCAAAAGGCUCUUUCGGGCGGCAAGCGCGACAGGGUCAUCUUUGCAGCACCGCUGCCCUGGCUGCGGGCGCUCUCGUCGAGCGGGCCAAAGCUGCUGGAGCGCGUCUCGCUCGUCAUUGCCGAGGACCUGCACCUCCUCGACGCCACCUACGAACUCGUCAUUUCCCGCACGCUGUGGGCCAGCUCGUUGUGCGGCGCCCCGGUCCGCCUCGUCGGCACCAGCGCGAGCCUCGACGAUGCGGGCAGCCUGGCCGAAUGGCUCGGCGUCAAGGAGGCGGCAAGGUACAGCUUCGACCCUCGCGAUCGCCCCAGCUCGCUCGGCAUGUCGUUCCGGACGUUUGACCUGCCGCACUCGGCCGGCCUGCUCAAGACGAUGGUCAAGCCGGCCUACGACAAGAUGAAGGAGACGGCGAUGCACGGGCCCACCAUCAUCUUUGUGCCGUCGCACGGCCAGUGCCUCGGCGUCGCCUCGGACCUCGUCACGCGCUGCGCCUCUGAGCUCGACACCGAGGCCUUUAUCAGCGUGCCGUCGCACGACCUCGAGUCGGUGCUAGGGUCGAUCCGCGACCACUCGCUCCACGAAGCCCUGAUGCACGGCUUUGGCGUCGUCCACGACGGGCUGGCGCCGCAGGACCGCGCGUCGGUGCUGCAGCUCUUUGAGCAGGGCAUCAUCAAAGUGCUGGUCGCGUCGCGCGAGAGCUGCUGGACGCUGCCCGCGCGGGCCCACCUGGUCAUCGUGAUGAGCACCCAGUACGUCCGCCUGACAAAGGUGCGCGGGCAGACGUCGAUCUCGGACCGCGAGGUGGUCGACUACUCGAUGCCGGAGCUGGUGCGGAUGCAGGCGCACGCGGUGCGACCGGGGACGCCGUCUACGCCGAGCCCCUCGGGCGAGAUGCUGGUUCUCUGCCAGAGCGACAAGGCGGCGCUGCUGGAGCGUCUGCUGCCGUCUGGCCUGCCGCUCCAGUCGAGCCUGCUCGACGACGACGCCAAGGUGCUGUUGCCCUACCUGCUGCAGGAGAUCGUGGCCGGCGCCGCCGUCUCGCGGACCGACAUGCUCUCGCUCCUCACCUGGACGUUUGUCGCAAUCGAGGCGCAGCGCAACCCGUCCUACUACGACGUCCAGGGCACCGGUCCGGAUGCCGCCUCGGCCCGGCUGUCGCGCUGCGUCGACUCGCUGCUGGACGAGCUGGAAGGCCUGCGACUGGUCCGCUCCGUCGACGCACGCGCGAGCGAGGACAACUCGGGACGCGCCGCCGGGAACCUCGUCGAGGUGACCAACCUUGGCCGAGCCCUGCACCUCCAACCCGGCUCGACGGUCUUGCACGUGGCGAGAUGGCACGCCAAGAUGUCGGGCAAGCCGGUCGCUGCCGCUGCGGUCUGCAAGAAGUAUUCUCCGCAGGCCAGAUCCACGUCGAAGGGUGCGAGGGACGGGCCCGACGAUCCGGCCGCUGUCGCGGUGCUCAAGGCGACACGCAGCAUCGUCCCCGGCGACUGGCUGGCGGCUUUCGGCGUGCCCCGCGGCAGGGCGUCGGCAGCAAGGUCGGCCAAGGCCCACAGGAGCCCUGCCGAUGCCGGUGCCGACACCGGUGCCGAGAGCAUCAAUGGCGCACAGCGGCAGGACGAGCCCGGUCAGUCUGAUGCAAAGGCGCAGGAGGAAGGUGGCGAGCCGACAGCCGAGGCCGAGUUCACCGCCGCGCAGAGGGCGUCGCUGCUGCUCGCCGCCUGGUUUGCCAAGCGACCGCUGUGCACCACGUCGGAGGCGCUGCGCCAGAAGAGCGACAGAAAGGGCCAGAAGCUGGCGGCGGCAGCGGUGGCGGCGGCGCAGCAGUCUACCAAGGACGGAUCCUCGGUCUUUCCCGACGAGCGGCAGCAGAUGGCAAAGGACAAGCUCGAGGCGGAACAGGCAUCGGCCAUCCUGAGCCUGCUCGAGGCGGUGAGCAACGUCGAGUUCUAG